AUGGCUCCCAAGCAUUGGCUCAUGAAGGCGGAGCCCGACUCGCGCGUCGUCAAGGGCAAAGACGUGAAGUUCAGCGUCGAUGACUUCGAGGCAGUCAAGACCACACCUUGGGAGGGGGUGCGCAACGCAGAGGCUAGGAACCUGAUGAAAGAGAUGAAAGUCGGCGACAAAGUCCUGUUCUAUCACUCGAAUUGCAAGAACCCUGCCCUUUGUGCGUGUGCCCAGGUUACCAAAGAAGCGCACCCAGAUUAUACGGCUUGGGAUCCCUCGCACCCUUACUAUGACGCUAAAACCGACAAGGAGAACCCAAAGUGGUACAUGGUCGAGGUGACUUUCGGGUCCCGUGCCAAGCACUUCGUUCCAUUGUCUCUGCUUAGGAACAUCGCGUCCGAGCCCCCUGAAGAGGUGGCCUAUAUAGGUCAAGACGGCGCAAAAGCCAUCAAAGGCAUGGCGCUAGUAACCCGCGGGAGACUCAGCGUGCAGAGGGUCGAGGAAGACACUUGGGAAAUCAUCGAACAGCUGGCGGAGAGGGGCGGGUGGGAAGAGGCUGGUACUAGUAAACCAAAGACCAAGUCUCAACCGAAGGGCAAGGCGAAGUCCAGUGGAUCCAAACAGGCGCGUAGCGAGUCGGACACAGAGCAACUAGAUGCGGGUGAAGCAGUAGAUGAGAAGAAGCUGAGUCGCAGGAAGAGGAAAGCCCCAGAAGAUGCAGACGAAGAUUUCAAGCCAAGAAGAUCUGCCCGUGCUCGGAGGUAG